AUGCCAUCAGACAAAGAAUGCUGCAUUCCUGGAUGUAAGGAAACUAAAGUGCUUCAUGGAUUCCCAAACCCAGAAAAGGACAUACAGCGUUUCAACAUGUGGUUCAAUGCAAUUGGCGGAGAUCUUGUGGGCAUGGAUAAUAAGAGCAUAUUUAAGUAUCGCCGUGUGUGUCACACACAUUUUGAACUAAAAUACAAAUGUCGCUACGACAGAAUUAGCAAGAAUGCUGUACCAACAUUAAAUAUGCCAGGCGGACCAUGCACACUGAAUAGGGAGCCAUUGCAACAAAUUCAAGACCAGUUACAGUCACUACAAAUAACAUCAUCAAAUAUUUGCUGUGCCUGUUUAAGUGUUGAUAGAAAACUAACACCGUUAUGUAAUGUUGAAGAUGGUGUAAACAACUUGUUUUGCUUGGUUUCCUGUGACUCUGAAGCUUAUGAGGUACUAUGUGGCAAAGGAACUGACGAUUUGCAUAUUUGUUGGGAAUGUAAGGCUUUGAUGCAUCGUCUAAGUAAAUUUAGAGACCAGGCUUGCUUAGCUCAAAAGAAACUCUAUGGUACUAUUAAUGAAAUCCAAUGUUUAUCACAAUUGUCAACAUAUUUUCAAUCAGAUUACAAUGAUUGCAUAACCAACGAAGAUACAGCAGAUUACAUAGAAGCUAUAGAAAAUGCCACAGAUAAUGAACAAUUAGAAUAUAUAGAAAGUGACUGUGAUACAGAAUUCAUUCUCUCCAAUAUAGAAUCUGAGGUGGACAAAUUAGAUGAAGAAAUAGAAAAAGAUAAAAUUGACACAAUAGAAGAAAUCCCAGAUCCGGACGAUUUAAUCAAUGAAAUAAUUAUUGAUAAUAAUGUCAAUUUCACAACAAUUAAAAUGACUAAAAUGGAGAUGUUAGAGAGUUUGGAGCAAAGGAAAUGUGUUGAAAGUUUUCUUGAAGCGGAGUUCAAAUGUGAGUGGUGUGUUGAAGUGUAUAAAGAUGAAAUGGAACGACAUGUGCACAUAAGUGAGGCUCAUGCAAAGAAACCAAACCAUAUAAAAUGCGACAUAUGCACGACGUACGUCAGGAAGAGAUGGUUCCCGGAGCACAGGAGAGAUCACUACCUCAAGUUUCAUUGUCAUCUCUGUGACUUUGUCGCGUACAACCUGUUGGUUAUUUUGAGGCACUUGAAAAUUGGUCAUGCUGUUUGGAAUAUGCGCGGUCAAAUGAAAAAGCUGAGGAAGCGGUUGUACCUGAAGAGCCCCGGGCUGCGGCCGUGGGAGGCGGACGUGGCGCCCGACGCGCGCUCCACGCUCGGGUACAAGUGCUCCAAGUGCGACGAGGUGUUCCCAACAAGAAACAAGAGAACCCUGCACAUGCAGCGGUCACACAAUGACAGAAACAAAUGUUCCAUUUGUGGUAAAAUUUUUGCUGGAUCGUACAAUUUGAAGAAUCAUGAACACAUCCACAAGGGUACAAUGCCCAAACAGAUCUGUCCAAUAUGCGGCAAGUCCAUACGCCGCGACACCAUGAAGUACCACAUGAAGGUCCACUCCCAGAGGGAGGCCGCGGUGUGCGCGCCCUGCGGCAAGACCUUCGUGAGCGACUUCGGCUAUCAGAGGCAUCUGAGGUUCAGCGGGCAACAUGGUGACGCUUUAAGAAUACGAUGUCCAAUUUGCCUGAAAGGGUUUACGACGAAUAUGGACAGACGUGAUCAUGUGAACUACACGCACAGAGGCAUCACCAUACAUAAGUGUUCUAUCUGUGAUAAGGUGAUGUCGUCGGAGCGACUUCUGAAGCGCCAUCUUAGGUUCGCGCAUUUGGGGGAGAAGAAGGUCGUCCACAGAAGAACGUAUUUGUGUCCCGUUUGUGGACACGUGUGUCGGGACAGCACAGCGCUAAGAGAACACGAGUCUCUACACACCGGUAUAAAAACAUUCACGUGUGAACUGUGCGAUAAGAAGUUCAGGACUUGUAGCACUCUGUAUGGACAUAAACGAGCCGUACACAGAGUAGUGCGUAAGCCAAAACUGUUGAAACACAUCGAAAUGGAUAGCGGUGGGGCAGAGGAG